GCAGGCAGAAUGCGGUUUUAGCCAUGUGUGGUCUGUUCAUACAAAUCAUGCCAUGUUUUUAGGCACACGUUGUGACGAAAUUACGCAUAAAACAGGCGCUAACGUGCUAGUACAUGUGCCCCUGAGUUAGUCAAUACGACAUUAAGAGCGAGUUAGAGGUGUAAUCUGUCCUGUGCACAGCGGACAAGAGCGAAUUACAAGACUAUGGGCGCACUCACACAACGUCGGGCGGAAAGGUGAAAGCUGCCCCCCAUCAGAGGACGACAGUGAGUUUAACCUGAGUAUACCAUGGCAGCCGCAUUCAUAGAGCCUGGAGACGCAGUAAAAACCCUUGGUUGAGAAAUUCGACUGCAGAUACCGCAGUGCUGUGCUGCUUCCCUAAUCUACCAUAUUUUGCACAGGACUCAUGGGUAAUCUUGCUGGAAAGGAUGGCUUUGGCCCCUCAGGAUCACACUUUGACUUCUUCCAGACCCCUCCCUCCUCCCCUAGUGUGCCAGACCUCCAGGGGAUGCCACUCCCAUCGUCCUCCGCUCCACCAUCACCCUCAGAGACUGCGUCCGAGGUCGCCCCAGCGACAGCCUCCCUGAGCCAGACGGAGGAUGCCCCACUGGCUGAGACUGCAGCCGAGGUGGAGGGUGUUCCCUGUAUUGAAGGGGCUGAGGGGAGGAGCCUGGGGGCUGCGUCCGGGUGUGUCACUGGUGGGCCUCUGCAAGGAGUGGUCACUGGUAACAUGGCAAUAAUGGGUGGGGACAUGCAGGGUGUGGUUACAGAGGGUGUUGCUAUGACACUGCUGCAGCAGUUGCUGGAGCAACACAGGGCAGUGGCUGGACUCUGCACAGGGCAAGAUGGAGUAGCAGAGGUGCUGGGUGUGCUAAAGAGACUGGUGGUGGAGAGGGCCCAGUUCAUAGAGGAGGUUCAGAGCCUAAAGAAUACACUAGAGUCAGAGAGGACCGAGUGGCUGCAGUUCCAGUCUGACCUGCAGGUGGCGGUAGCAGUGGCCGACCGGCUGCGCAUGGAGGCAGAGGAGGGCGCGAGGGCGCUGCGCUUCAGCCAGCAGGCGGAAGUAGAGCGCCUGGAGGCCACACAGGCCCUGCUGCAGCAGGCAGAGAGCAACCUGGAGACUCUAAGGGCCCAGUACACAGAGGCCUGCCAGAGGCUGGAGCAGGAGCAGCUCAAGGCCCAGAGCAGACCGCUACAGCUGGACCAGAGCACUCAGACAAACACAGAAGGCAGGACAUCCAGGAUACCUAUGCAAGAUUCUGGAAGUGGACGGACAAGUGGAAGAGGUAAAGCAGAAGAGGAGGGAGACGGAGAGAGAGGCGGUAAAAAGACCAGUGAAGAGCUUGAGUUGAGAAACAAGAGGAAGUCAGGGGAGGGGUCAUUGGGUGAAGGAGAGGCUAGGGCAUUUGGGAGUGGAGUAAUUGAUUUUGAAAGGAGGACUCUGCCAGGGUUUGGACUGAGGGAUCCUCGGAAGAUUGUCAUGCUGUCAGAGAGGUCCAGGAGUCUCUCUCGGCUGCCUCUUCCAUCGGAUCCUCCCCCUGGCCUGAGUGGUGUCUCCCAAACAUCAUCGGAUGUGGUGGGACCUGCUAGCCUGAGUCAAGACCCAGGGAGAGAUGUGGGGGGAGGGAGGAGACUGGACCUACCCCUACAACGCCAAGACAGCUGGUCCAGUUUUUACACAAGUGUGUGUAAACAGGAUGAUGACCAAAGCACUGAUGUGUCAUCAGUGAUCGUCGGUAAAAUCAGGCCUGAGGAUAGCUUCAGUAUGCUGUUGCGUCGUCAUGGCGGCUCCAGAAGGAACUCUCUCCUACGCUGGUGUCAGAGGCGAACAAAGGGCUACAAGAACAUCGACAUCACAAACUUCAGCACCAGUUGGGAGGAUGGUUUAGCCUUCUGUGCGGUCUACCACACCUACCUGCCUACACACAUACCUUACAGCACACUAAACCCGGAUAAUAAGAGGGAAAAUCUAGAUCUGGCAUUUAGGACUGGAGAGAGUGUGGGAGUAACAGCUACACUGACAGUAGAAGAGAUGCUGAGCGCGGGGGGACCAGACUGGCAGAGAGUUCUUGAAUAUGUGGAGAGUAUGUUCCGUCACUUUGAGAUGUGAGGCGAUGAACAUGCUCUCGAAUCACUUCACAUCCCCUGACUGGGGUGUCUUAAGCCAGUCACUUUUCUGUUAUUUCAUUCUUUUCUCGAAGACAGUGGUUCCCAAAUUGUAGGGCGGGCCCCCCUGUGGAGUUACACCGGCGAAAAAACUUAACGAGAACCCUAAACAAUAAACUAUUACAAACCAAGUAUGGCAGUGAUCUCUCAGCAUAGUAACCUGUAACUAACUGAAGAGUUUAUAGCCUACUUCGUAUUUAUACAAUAUGGUCAGGGUUACUAGCUAGCCUACAUUGUAUUAUAAUACAAUGGACAUGGGCCUAACAUGAACUGAUCCAAAGAAAGGAACGAUGCAUAGCCAGUCUAUAUUUACAAAAAGAGCUCUGAUCCAAUCAAAUAAAAAAAUGUCAAAGGUACCGUCCGCGUUUCGGUUUCAUGAAAGGUUGUUGAUAUUUAGGCUCAACAGCAAGUCAACUUACACCGCUCCCUGGCUUGAAUUGUUUAUGGCUUGGUCCAAGCCACUACGUUUGUUUCCCAUGUAGAGAGCCAGGACUGUGUAUAAACACUAAUCAGACAGCUAGGACUGUGAGGAGCAAUUUGCUGAAUUUGACUAAAAGUGUAUGGGAUUAGAAUCAUGAACUGUUCCUUUAACUGAUAAAAUAUUUAAGUUUGACUGGUUGCUGAAAUGAAAUUGAAAAUGUUAAAAUGUAGAAACAAUUAGAAAAGAAAAGCUAUGCAACACCUUUUUUUUUAUUAAAGAAGACAGGUAAUAGGUCAUCUGAGUCUCUCAAUCUUUGCACCGUGGUAUUGGGGGUGCAGUGGGGCCUGCCAUGUAAAGUUUGGGAACCACUGCUCUAAGUAAAGGAAAAUUAUGUUGAUGUUUCGUGGCACUUUGAAGCAGCCUGCUGGCCCUGUAUGGGAACUGUUUACUGUUGACCAGUUACACAGCAAGGAUUCUUGUUCUGAAGUCUGAGACUCAUCGAGUAAAAGUUACUCUGCUCAACAGAACUAUAACAAAGAUGUUUCCUGAAGGCACUUUAUAUUGAUGCACUGUGAUGGUUCUCCAUUUGUAAAUAGUCCAAGGAAAUGUGAGUUCUUGAAGUUAUUUUGUCACUGUGGACAGAGAAACAUUUCACACAACCAACACACAACACCAUAUUCCUUCUAAUGAUUAGAGAGAAAGACAAUCAGGAUCCUCAGAAGAAAAGAGAAGGAAAAAAAAACAUUCACUGUCUCCUUGAAACCUUUUUUCAUACACAAUCUCUGAUUUGGAGCCAUAUAUGACCAUAUAGUAUUAUAUGCCAUUUUAACGCCUUAUUUUUUUUAUCAUUUGUGAAAAACUAUUAUUCCAAGUCAUGGCACAAGGCAUUAUACUCUGUCAUGCAGCCAUAUUAUAGUGCUGCUUGGAAAUAAAUAAUAACAAAGUGA